AAGAACGGCGGGCUGAGAGAGGUCCUGCGAGCAGCGCACCACCACCACACACACCGCUCGCUCCUCUUUCUCCAAGCGCGCCGGGGCGGUCGUCGGAGUCGCGACGCCGCAGCAGGACGAAAGACAGCGAAGCACUGCGGCAAACCGGCUUUUCCGCUCACAGCUUGUUGUGUCCCCAUCCUCAGCCGUGAAACGCCGGCACUUCUUUCUUCACGAGUGGCCUUGCGAGGCGCCGUCGGUUCCUAUACCCACCACCAUGCUACCCGUUAUCCUCAUCGGCAUCAUCGCUCUGCUGUGUGUUCAGGCAUGCGAGCACGAUCCAAAGGUUUCCGUGGAGGUCUUCUACGAGACGUACUGCCCGGACAGCAGGAACUUUGUCCUCGAGCAGCUCAACUCGACGUACGCCGAGCUCCCGAACAUUGUGCAGCUUCAGCUCGUCCCGUACGGAAAGGCAUCUAGGAGAGAACUGCCAAACAAGUGGUACAGCUUCGACUGCCAGCACGGAGACAAGGAAUGCUACGGAAACCUAUUGCAGACAUGCGUAAUCAAGUACUACCCAGAUCCCAGCCAACACCUGCCACUCGUCGUGUGCAUGUUUUCGUCCAGAAAUCCAAACCGGGCGUAUGAAUCGUGCGCCAAGAAGCAGGGCUUUGACCUCGAGGCUCUGCAGAAGUGCGUCUCUGGCAAGGAGGGCAACGACCUCCAGCUGAGAUUCGCCGAGUGGACCGAGAGCGUGAACAGCAAGGGGCGGCUAGAGUUUGUUCCAUGGAUUCGCAUGAACGGGAAGGACAAGAUGUACGACGCGUUCACCAGCUUCAAGAGGACUCUGUGCGAAGAGUACAAGAGCAUGGUCAACACACUGUGCACAGGCGACAGCCCGAGCACGCAGCCAAUCGAGCUUCCACAGGCCUGUAAAGUGGCCCUUUCCUAGGGACAACACCAUAAUGUACUGAACUGCAACUGACCAUCUUGUUGGCCAUCUAAACGAAACGACUUUUCCUUUUUGCCUGGACUUUUCAUGACGUCAGUGGGACCAGUGUCGACAACUAUUUUGGACUGAACUGGGACAUCAUCACACACAAUUUAAUUUCCGCUUGUAUGUUCCCUUCUUUUUCUUUCUACAGCGAAUGCUAUGCACUCGCGUAAGAUGUAUUUUUACACUAGUUCAUUUAUUCUCUUUUCCAGUCACACAUGUUCAAGCAACACAAUGUAUAGCGUAUUGGAGAACUCGGAACUGUUACACCCUUUCUUCAGAACACAUUCCUCACUGCAUCAAACACACAAUGUAAUCACUAAAUACUGAUGCAAAACAGCAUCGCUAGCUUUUGUACAAAGGGUUCAGGAAGUUUUCCGUUAAUAUUUUAAUUCUACUUGCAUAUCACAAGCAGAGUCAACACUCUGUUCCAGCUGUGUUGCAAACUAACCUUAUACUGAAAAAUUUCGUGUACCAAUGAUUCCAUAUGUUUCGUGCAAUCGUCUUAUGUAAAUAGGACUGCGUAAUAUUAAACCUAUACGAUUUCCAUAUGAAUUACACGAAAUACAUGACAGAAAUGCAUAUGAACCAUUUCAACAGGAAUGCUGCUUUGCUUACAUCAAAUGCCUAUACUAAUAUGUUGUGGCAGUGACUUAACAUGUAUUGGUCUACCUAUGAAUAGCCAUGUGCUUACGUAUAGUGCCUGUGAUGCCACAAGACUUUUGAAGGGUCAGUACAUGCACAGACUCACAUUUGCCGGCAAUAUGGUUUUCUGUGCGCGUGCAGUUCCUUCAGCUAGUGUUCAAACUGUUCACGAUUGAGUGCGGCUUUCCACGUGUCUUUGACUGUGCACUGGGCUUUUUAAGGCUAUAUGAUCAGCAAAGCAAUAUCGCUUUUCAGCAAACUUUAUAUACUGUAGCCGCAUCUGUUGUAGUGGUGAUCUCACGUACUGUAUGUGUUGCUGGCCUCAAAUGUCCCGAUUCCAAUAUUCGUGUUUGUUAGACCUCUUAUGUUAGUUUGCAGAGUCUGCAUAGCAGUCAUUGUGCUGCAACUAUGAACUAGCUGCUCAUCCUGAUCUGAGGCCACGUCCUGGCAUUUCAGAUGACUGUUACCAAGCCAAGCACAUCAAUUACUUUAUGUGCCAUUCUCUUUUCUUUUCAGCUUUGUUCACUGUUUAUCCUAACUAAGCGUGUGAAAAGUUGUGGCUCGUGUGGAUGUGAAUUGUUGAACAAACCAGUUUCUACGAAUGCACUGUUUCCAGGUCUCGCAUUUCUUGUGGCCGCACUUUCUUAACUGUUAGUGAUAAUCGCUGUCUGUGCUUUCAAAGUAGCUACCAUUUUACAAUGUGCAGGCACAGUUUUAAGAUGUAAGCAGCACUACUGAUCAACACACAUGCCUGUAUGCACUUUGCAGACACUCUAUAAACUUGUGUGCACAGAGGGAACAGACACACUGCAAGUUCAGUGUUUCUUUACAUUGCGUUUUGGAGGCUAUGAACAAAAACUUCGUGCACAUGAUUUGUACUGGCAGGUGUGUUGUCAGCUGCUGUGAACAUACUCAAAGUAGCCUUUUACAGCUCUUCAUUUAAGCCGUCAUUUUGCUGUUUUAUUCUUCUUUAAAAUAGGUUUGAUGUGGUGCUGCCUGCAUCAAUCAGGACUUAGCAGAUCGAUCAAAUGCAAUGAACAACACAAUCGAACAUGUGCCCAUUCAACUGUGGCAUGCUGGGUGUGAUUGGAAGAAUGAAUAAAACUGUUUUACCCUC